AUGGGUCUGGCUUCGAAACUCGCCGCAGCACAGGCUGCAUAUCCCGGCGGUCCUCCUGUACCCGGCGGUGCCCCUCCCCCUGGAGGUGCUCCCGGUGGUGGCUACGUGGUCCUCCAGCUCCUGGCCCUGGUGCUGGUGCUGGAGCUGGUGCUGGGGCUCCCAGACCAGGUCAACCGGUAA